AUGCCUUUGACAUCUCAAUUGAGCCCAUGCGCUACGGCAGUAGCAUUGCUGUCCUUGACAGGCGCGUUGUGGCCAGCCGGAGCACUUGCGGGGAGUAGCAACGUCAACACCGAGGGAUACAAGUUCAGAGAGGCCAUCCCAGUUUCAUGCUUGAAUCGAACAGUGGAAGGAGAGCAUAUCACUGACAGCCAAGGCAAACUUCAAUAUGUCCCCUUCUAUACCUGCAACGAAACCACCCGUCCUCUCUCCUUCCGCUACGGCGUCUCGGAAACAAUAACCUGCACCAUCCCCUCCCUCUCCGACGAACUCUACCAUCUCCUGGAAUUCUAUGUCCACUCCGAUGUCCCAAUGACAUGCCGCGUGCCAACAGCGCCGCUGACACCCUCCGCUGGGUCACUCGCAGAUAAAGACGAGAAGUCCGAAGAAGCGGACACCCUCUCUGCGCUCGCCGACAACGGUCCACCCUUUACGCCGCUCACUAUUGCGCUGCAGGGCACGCUGCAGAAAAGCCACCUGCACAUCUGGACAGAUAUGAACGUCGUUAUGCACAACAUGGCUUCAGACGCAGCUGCAGAGCAGAAGACCAACAAUGGCGCGCAAUCCGGCCAGCCUGGGUUCGCGGUCGGUGGAACUGCGUACUCCACCCCCGAGUUCGAUAACACUGGAAAGGUCACCAAGCUAGACGACGAGGAGGAGCCAGUUGCUCUUGCUCAGGCCGCGCGUGAACCUUGGACUGCUGGACACGGUACCAAAGUUGUGCGCGGGGAGCCACUGACUUUCUCUUUCCAUGUUGCGUGGUUGGAGGGCGGUGAUAGCAUUGGGUGGCCUGUACGACCGGCGACUGACUCCUGGCUGGCUUUGGCUACUGGCACUGGGAAAAGCUCCGGGUCUUUCUUCUCUAAGCUGGUGUUCUUUGUAAUGGCGGGGUCUGUUGGCGCGUUGGUUGCGCUGUAUUGGGAGCGCAAGGGUGGGCGAUCUCGCUCUCCGUGGCAUGGGGAUGGUCUUCUGGGCGGGACUCCUGUUCGGGGAGGAAAGGGUCCCGGGGUCACCUUUGGCAAUGGAGGAAAGGCCAAUGGAUAUGGGGGAUAUUCUGGCAACGGCAACGGCAUUGGCAACGGGGUCGGCGGUGGUGGUGGAUACUCUCUGCCUAGUGGGAAGAGAGACUGA